GUUUUAGAUUUUUCUUUAAUAUUACCGUAAGGUGGCGUUGUUUCUUGUGUUUAGUAGAAGACAUUUUGCCGCAGUGUAACUAUUGUAAACAAGAACUUGGUGAUUAAAGUAUCGUACCGAGUGUUGGUUUAGACAUUUUGUAAGAUUUAUUGUAACCAUAAGAAGUUUCUAACAAGAAUUAAACAAGUUAAGGAAGUGUAGGAAGAACGGUAGAGCUUAGACUGAACGUAAGAUCUACGGUAAUAGUGACGCUUAACACUGGUAUCUUCCUGCAACAAAGACUGAGGCCUCACGGGAAGGUGGGUGACUGUGGAAAUGGCGGGAAGUUGGAACAUUCUAGCUGUCUGUAUUCUGUUUCUUGCUUCAGUACUUGCAGUUGAACCACCGAUUUUACAACCUGACGAGUUUCCUAGUGAUAUUGAGCUGGGUUCGAGAGUACAAAUCCUCUGUUAUCUCAAGAAAGGUGAUUUACCAGUUACCUUUACAUGGAACAAAGGUGGAAAACCACUAUUGACCAACGAACGAAUAACUAUCUCCAGUUCAGAUUCUUUUUCCAGUAAGUUAAUAAUACAGAGCGUUGUUUCUGAAGACGUGGCCAACUACUCCUGUACAGGAACUAAUUCAGCAGGAUCUGACAGUUUUACAGCUGCUCUUAUCGUUAGAGCGCCACCUUUCUGGAAACAACAACCAGAGAACACGGUCCAGGCUAUCAUAGCUACACGAACGUUGAUUGGUUGUUCUGUCGGGGGAUAUCCUGCUCCUAGAGUCACCUGGAAAAUAAAAAAUCCUUCAGGCUCCUUCACUCCAGUCUCCAGGAGCUACAAGAUGAAAGUGUUGGACAACGGAACCCUGGUGAUUAACGACGUUAAGGAGACAGAUUCAGGAACGUACCUGUGUCAGGCUGAUAACGGAGUGGGGGAAAAGUUGGAGAAAGCUGUCCGUCUGUCUGUCCACG